UCUCGCCGUGUAUUAUUUGUCAAAAAAAAAGUCGCAUUCGCCUCGCUUCGUCGAUUAAUUGGUCGAUUUCGGCGCGCCCCAGCCGAAACCCAGGCCGAUUGGACCGGCACGCGUGCUUUGAUGGUGUAAGGGCGUCGGCGGCGCGUGACUCGAGUGCUUUCCCAGCCGAUUUAGACGGAAAUGAACCCAGCAACCACACCUGUCCCUCCCGAGGACGUGCAGGGCGACAAUCGAUGGAUGAACAUCCACGAGCGGUUCCUCGAGGAAACCCUUCUGGAGCCCGAAGUGCUCUUCAUCGGGGACUCGCUGAUCCGGAACCUGGCCCACACGGACAUGUGGAGGCAGCAUUUCGUGCCGAUGCACUCGCUGAAUUUCGGCAUCGGCGGCGACCAAACGCAGCAUGUGCUCUGGAGAGUGCUCAAUGGAGAGUUGGAGCACAUGAAGCCCAAGGUGGUCGUGCUCCUGGUCGGCACGAACAACGUCGGCCACCUGCCGGAAAUGAUCGUUGAGGGAAUUCGGGAGGUCAUCAAAGUGAUCCAAAGCAAACAACCUCAGGCCUAUCUAGUCUUAAUUUCGUUACUUCCUCGCGGCCAAAAACCCAAUCCUUUGCGGGAGAGAAACGCCAAGGUCAACGAACUCCUCAAAGAACAGCUGGUCGGGCUGGAAAAAGUGCAGGUCCUGGACGUCAAUGAAGGCAUUGUUCAGGCCGAUGGGAAAAUCGACGCGCACGACAUGGACGACUACCUGCACCUGACGCCGGAAGGCUACCGCAAGUUCUUUGAGCCGCUGAUGGAGUUGCUGACGCAGCUGUUGACCGAGGGCGAGGAGGAGGAGCUGGAAGACUGCGAGUCGUCGGGCUCGGCGUGUUCGCCUUUGAAAACUGAGUGAUACCGCGUUGGCUGAAUUUUGAUCUCGAUGCAAAAGAAAGAAAGAAAGAAAAGAAAAGAAAUUGGCCGACAGUGCUGCUUAUCGAAUCGGAGGGAAGAGAGAGAGAGAGAGAGCCUCACUGACAAGAACUAACAGCUUCUGCGCGCCUUUCAACAAUCAGAAUGCUGCUGCGUUAUUUUGUACCUUUUUUUGAGUGUCGGAAACACGCGCCUUACACCACACACACGAUAUUAUUACUUUGGUUUCUCGUCAAGACUGCAGAUUAUUAUUUACGGCUCGGCCACACAGACGCCGGCCCGGUUUUACUUUUCCUAGGGUUGCAGCCACGCCCUUUAAAUAAUUUAACCCUGUACAUUCGGAAUUUAGGUGAUAGCUUCGGUUCUUCGUAGCGCGACCCUUACAAUUAGUUGUAGAUUGCCUGCCUGUCUGUAGACAAGAAAAACAAAAGAAAGCACUUUGUUCCUCUUCGUACGCAUUAUUGUGAAUCGGAAUUGCACGGUGUCGCAGCUGGUUUCCAACGCACCGCGCUCUUUCUGCUGGAGAAAAGGAAAGGAAAUAAUAAACCAAUGCCAAAAAUGCUUUUUACUCCCUGAGUUGCGAGCGAGAGAGCAGCUGAAUUUCUUUCGUGCUCAAAAUCAUCAUUCCAUUUCUGUGUAUUUUUGAUUGAUAACCAAAUCAAGAGUAUGAUCUAUUUUACUUAUAAGAGCUUUGUAAAUCGUCGAUCGGCCGUGAGCAUAAACUUGUUGCAAAGUC